AUGGAUAUGGAUGUUGAUAAAGACUUAGAAUUCAAGAUAUCUCAUAGACAGCUGCGAAUGCUUUUGCUUCAUGAAUUUCGUUUGGGUCACAAAGCAACGGACGCAACUAGCAACAUAUGCAGCACGAUGGGCAAAAAUGUACUCUCCAUUCGUACAGCACAACAUUGGUUCACUCGGUUCAAGAACGAAGAUCAUAGACUGACUACACAGUGUUUAGCAGAGCCACUUGGUUGCGUUCAUGUUACAAUGGAAAAACACCUGAAAGAAUUGGACAAAACGUGGAAAUAUGCUGUUUGGAUUCCACAUGAGUUGUCAUCACGUCGGCUCGAGCUUAGGGUUAACGCUUGUAUGGAGUUGAUGACAUCUCAUCACAAACACCAAUGGCUCCAUAAACUUCUUACUGGUGAUGAGAAGUGGGCAGGUGUAGCAACGACCAAGAAUGAACUUCAUCCAAAGAAGAUUAUGCUGAGCGUUUGGUGGGACGUCAAGGGAAUUAUUCAUUGGGAAAUUCUUCCUGUUGGUUGCACCGUCACUGCUAAUCACUACUGUCAGCAAUUAGACCGAGUUGCAUUCANAGAACUUUAUCGAAAUGAUGUUGUUCACGGUCAACAUACAUUUUCAAUCAUUGAUACACCUGGAACAAAUAGUUCAUCCGAAACAUAUAAACAUGCUUAUCUAUUGAGACAAGCUUUGACAUCGGUCAAGAUUAACACACUUUUUAUUGUGACAAAAUAUGAUUGUCGAUUUGAUACAAUGUUAGAGAAUUGUUAUGAAGUGGAAAGACCUGUAUUCCAUUACGAACAAAAGAUUGUUGUGAUCGUUUCUCAUUGGGAUCAAUCCAAAGAGCCCGAAAAAGAUUAUCCACAGAUUUGUGCCCUAUUUGAAGAUUAUUGUUCAUCGAUCAUUUUCUAUUCUGACAAAAUGCCAAUUGAUCAAUUGGUAGAGUCCAUGUAUACUUUUCUAUCAAAUAUGACUCCAGAGCAAAUUACCAUCACGGACGAAGAAUUCUUUUUGAAGUUUAAUGUCGCUGAAAUCAAACUUCAGAUCAAAGAUUCAGUCAAUCAGUAUCGGAAAAAGGCUGAUGCAGUUUUCACCGAAUAUUCGAAUUUAGUUGUUUCAGCUAAAUCCCAACCAAAAGACGAACAAGAUGAAAUUUUACACGUAGUUAUCGUGGAAUUUAAAAAUGAAAUGGAAAAUUUAUUGCAAACAUUUCGGAAUACCCAUGAAGGAGAAAAUCUGAAACGUUGUGAUGAAUUUGUUGAAAAAGUCGUACCAUUGAUGUCUUACAAUCUAUUCGAUAACAAAGAUCCGAGAAAUUUGAUAAAAAGAUGUCCACACUGUGAACUUAUUUGGUUUAAAACUGAAGGAUGUGACGGGGUGACAAGCUGUGGUAAUAAAGACUUCACACAUUCUUUCAAUUCAUCUGGCAAGCGUCAUUGGAAAUAUAUACUGCAAAGAAUUGGUGGAGAACUCCGAUUGGUGAAACAACCAGAUAUCUGGAGGAUCUCUGUAGGACCUAAAAAGUUUGACGAUUCGCCUUAUACAAAAUCGAAAGGUGUAGGUUGCGGUAAGUCGUUCACAUGGAGUGAACUUCCAAAAGUAGAAGAUGAAUUGAUUCUUGAAUUAUUCAAAGUUAAAACUGUAGAACAAGCCAAACAAUUAAUCGAAGCUGGUCAUUUCAAAGAAGUUCGACAAAAUUAUGAAAAAUCGAUUGACACAACUUUUCAUUCUUGA